AUGAACGCGGCCCAGCAAGCGAGCUUCAAGGGGACGAUUGACCAGUGUGUCGAUACGAUCUGGAGCGCGUACGACCGCGACGACAGCGGGUACCUCGACAAGAUAGAAACGCGCAAGUUCGUCAAUACGCUCAUCGCCGAGUACGAGAAGGACGGCGACGUCGUGCCGCCCGUCAACUUUGAAGAAUGCUUCACCGCCUUCGACGUCGAUGGCAACGGCCUUCUGAGCCGGAAGGAAAUGCGCAUCUUUGUCGAACAGCUCAUGGGCUUCUAG